UCAGCAGCAGCGGCUUAGAGACUAGUGCUAGACCACUGUGUUGUGCAGGAACAGGCACGGCAUAGCUGAAAACCGCCAGCGGAACAAAUGAAAACGAAAACUACUCUUUCAUGUGGAUUAAUUCAGGGGCGAGACACUCUGUCGAAGCGAGAAGCUCUUUAAGCGAAUUGGGACCGACUGACGAGGAUUGGGACAUUAGCUACUGUACGAUAACACCGCCGAAUGGUUUCUCUUGCCCCGCCGCUAAGGUUGCUGGCUAAGAGGAACAGCCAAUAAUGCACGGCAUCUGCUCUGCAGCCACACCCACUUCCUGCCUGUAGAGGAAGCGGCUGUGCCAGCAUGUCCUCUCAUCCCCAGUCUGUGCCGCCGGGUCGAAGGGCUGUGGAUACACGGCACCUGCCAAACCCUGCCAGUUUACCACUGCAGCUGCAACGGGCACACACGGAAGUGGGACUGGUUGACUACCACUCUCACCAUGCCAGGGACUACAGCUCCCACCUGGCCCAGCCCCAUCGCCGUCGGCCCUCCUUACUUUCAGAGUUUCAGCCUGGGAAUGAGAGAGGACAAGAGCAGCAUAUCCGCUAUGAUCACAUCUACCUGCAAGAGCCCAGCGGCCAAUCUGAGGUGGAGUAUGCAGAGAUCAAAAGGCCUCGUUUAGAAAUGGGACCAGAGUCUCUAAUGAGGCCCUCAUCCCACCGGCCUCAACUGCCUCUGGGAGGGGCUGAGGAUAUGGCAAAGGACCGUGGAAGUGCCAUGGGGAAGCUGGAGCCAAUCUCUCCUGUGAGCCCGGUUCAUAUGGACCCUGACUUGGAUCUGGUGCCGGCUCGCUUCUCCAAGGAGGAGCUCAUCCAGAACAUGGACCGCGUGGACAGGGAGAUCACCAUGGUGGAGCAGCAGAUCUGCAAGCUUCGCAAGAAACAGCAACAGCUGGAGGAGGAGGCUGCAAAGCCACAUGAGCCAGAGCGACCCAUCUCACCACCACCCAGCGAGGCCAAGCAUCGCAGCCUGGUGCAAAUCAUCUAUGAUGAGAACAGGAAAAAGGCAGAGGAGGCUCACAGGAUACUGGAGGGACUGGGACCCAGGGUAGAAUUGCCUCUGUACAAUCAGCCUUCUGAUACCAAGCAGUACCAUGAGAACAUCAAAAUAAACCAGGCGAUGAGGAAGAAGCUCAUCUUGUACUUCAAGAGGAGAAAUCAUGCUCGUAAGCAGUGGGAACAGAAGUUUUGUCAGCGCUAUGACCAGCUAAUGGAAGCCUGGGAGAAAAAGGUGGAGCGCAUUGAAAACAACCCGCGGCGCCGAGCCAAGGAGAGCAAGGUGCGGGAGUACUACGAGAAACAGUUCCCAGAGAUCCGCAAGCAGAGAGAGCUGCAGGAGCGUAUGCAGAGCCGUGUCGGGCAGAGAGGAGGUGGGCUGACCUCGUCUGCAGCUCGCAGUGAACAUGAGGUCUCCGAGAUCAUUGAUGGAAUAUCAGAGCACGAGAACACUGAGAAGCAAAUGCGGCAGCUGGCGGUCAUCCCUCCCAUGCUGUUUGACGCUGAGCAGCAACGCAUCAAGUUCAUCAACAUGAAUGGAUUGAUGGAUGACCCCAUGAAGGUGUACAAGGACCGGCAGGUUAUGAACAUGUGGAGCGAGCAGGAGAAGGACACUUUCAGAGAGAAGUUCAUCCAGCACCCCAAAAACUUUGGUCUGAUAGCGUCUUUUCUGGAGAGAAAGACGGUGGCGGAGUGUGUGCUGUUCUACUACCUGACCAAAAAGAAUGAAAAUUACAAGAACAUAGUGCGGAGGAACUACAGACGCAGAGGAAGAAGCCAGCACGGCCAGCAGCAGCAGCAACAGCAGCAACAAGUGCAGCGGGGCAGCCAGGAAGACAAGGAGAAGGAGGAGAAAGAGAAGGAGGGAGAGAGGGAUGAAGAAAAAAAUGAAGCUGAAGACAAGGAGGAUGGAAUGAAGGACGACACCUCUGGAGAAGAUGCAGAGGACAAAGAACCUGCUGUGGCUUUCAAGGGUCGACGCACAGCCAACAGCCAGGGGCGCCGCAAAGGCCGCAUCACCCGCUCGAUGACCAGUGAAGUGGAGGAGACCACCACGCCGCCACUCAACAAUGAGCUUGCCAAUCUGGAGAUGAAUGAGAGCUCUCGCUGGACUGAAGAAGAGAUGGAAACUGCCAAAAAAGGCCUUCUCCAGUAUGGUAGGAAUUGGUCCGCCAUCGCCAAGAUGGUGGGAUCGAAAACCGUGUCACAGUGCAAGAACUUCUACUUCAACUACAAAAAGAGGCAGAAACUGGAUGAGAUUCUGCAGCAGCAUAAAAUGAAAUCGGAGAAGGAGCGAAAGGCCCGCCGAAGGGGCAAAGCCCUGCAGAAUGAAGAGGCCAGUGCCCCGUAUACAGCAGAGGAGGAGGAGAUGGAGGGUUCAGGAGCCAGUGGCAAUGAAGAGGAGGCCCCUGAAGAUGGAGAAGGUGGAGCCAACAACAGCUCUGACACGGAGAGCCUGCCCUCACCACACUCAUCAGAGGACAGCAAGGCUAAGGAGGAAGGCUCGGGCAGGUCAAAGGCCAGCUCCACCGCAGGGGACAAGGAGGCAGCCGGGUCAGACAUGGGCCAGGCAGGGGAUGAGAAACCUCCAGUCAAGGAAGAUGGAGAAUCAGCCAUAAAACAGGAGAUAAAGACUGAGACAGGGGAGCCCAGCAAAGAGCAGUUGACACCACCCAGUGAUGCCACAGAUAAAAAACCUCCCACAGUAGAGAUGGAGGAAGUCAAAAGCUCCACUAAGAGCUCCAAGAAGGACCACGGGCCCAAAACAGGUUCACAUGGGGACAGUGACUCUAGUGCCACUUGCAGUGCUGAUGAAGUGGAAGAGACAGACAACACAGACAAGAACCGAAUGACUUCUCCACGGCCAAGUCUACUGAACUACGCUCACGAUGGCGUGAUAUCCUCCCCGCUGCAGAAGCCCAUGGACCUGAAACAGCUUAAACAGAGGGCUGCUGCUAUACCACCUAUUAUGCCAGAAGCCUCCAUGCAGGGCGGUCAGCGAAGUGUAGGUGGCAAGGCAGUGCUGCCCCCCCAUGCCCUGGCAUUGUACCAGCAGCAGAUCACCAUGGCUCAUGGGGAGUCCUCUCAGGAGGUCAAAAUGCAGCAGCAGCAACAGCAGCAGCUUUCGGGCCAGCCAGGCAAACAGCAGGCUUACACGUCACAGGCAGACAGAGACAGGGAGGCUCUUCACAGCAGCAGUCCUCGUAUUCGCCCGCGCAGCCCCUCCACCAGCGACAAGGAUGAGCUGGAAGGCAACGAGAGGUGGUUACUGACCCUCCUGCAGGGAUUAAAAAAGUCGCGGGCUUUCUCUCCGCACAGUGAAGCCAAGAAGCAGGCACUGGGCCCUGACGAUCUGAGGACCUCCAACUUGGGUCGACCAGCUCUCUCUCCGUACCCCAUGUCUCCACGAGACAUGGCCAAGAUCAGUCACGACCAGCAUGUGCUCCACUUCAACUCGUUCCAGCAAACAGGCCAUCCGUCACUCUCUAGUCUGCCACAGGACAGUGGAAGGCUAGCAGCAGUGAGGCCGAUGCCAGAGCCUCCGCCACUCAUUUCCUCCAGCAAGCCAGGAGGCUCCAUCACACAGGGCACCCCAGUGCAGUUGCACAGCCCAGCUCAUGGGUUGGACCACGGGAAGAUGACCCCCACACAGAUGGGGUUGUCUUGGAUGGAUCAGAGGAAAGUGGCAGGCCCAUUCCCUGUGGUAAAGCAGGAACAGUUGUCCCCUCGCAGCUCGUCCUCUCAAGCUGACAACCCGUCAACCCAGGGGUCGCCUCAUGAUAAUGUUUCUGGACGUGGUUCUAUUCCAGCUGUUCAGGGGGGUAGUAUCACGAAGGGCAUCCCAGGGACCAGAAUGCAUCCAGAUUCGUCAGUCUCUUACAGAGGGGGCUCCAUUACUCAGGGGACACCGGCUGAUGUGCUGUAUAAGGGAACUAUAACCCGUCUGAUCACAGAGGACAGUGCCAGCCGAGCUGAGAGGGAACGGGAUGAGGCACUGUCUAAAGCCCAUGUGCUCUAUGAGGGAAUCAGUGGGCACAUUCUCACAUAUGACCGCCCAGCUUCUCAGAACCCUAAAGAUGAAGGUCGAGGCCCCGGGCAGGCUGGGGAAAUUCUCGGCCUAAAGCGUCCAUAUGACAUUAUGGAGGGAGGCAUCUCUAGAGGACUGCCUAUGAGGGAUUCACUGUCUGCUGCCAACUGUGAAGGUCUGAUUGGUCGAGCCAUGCCUCAUGAUAGGGACAGUCCGCACCACACACCUUACAAGGAUGCUCAUCACAUCCGUGGCUCUAUCUCUCAAGGUAUACCUCGUCAUUUGGACCCUCAGGAUGGCUACCUUAGGAGAGAGCCUAAGCAGAUGAAGAGAGAGGGUUCUCCACCCCGUGGGCCCGGUUCACUUUCUGACCCAAUGAAGGGCAGAGAGGCCAUGGUGCCAACGGUGAAGGAGGCUGGGCGCUCCAUCCACCUCAUUCCCAGGGAGGAGCUCAGACAGCCUGGCAAGGAGGGCAUCAUAGCACAGGGAACACCCAUGAAGCAAGAGGCAGCUGGUUCAGGGAAACGUCAUGAUGUCCGCUCCAUCAUAGCCAGUUCACCACGUUCCUACCACAAUCCACCCUCCCACAUGGAAAUGCGUGCUGAGAGGGGCCGCUACGAAGAGACACCAAAAGGGCGGCCCAGUGCAGUGGUCAGCACUGCUAGCCCCAUGGCCCGCUCUUCCCCCCUUACACUGGGGUCAGAGCAGGGAGGCAAGGCCCAUCAUAGUCCAGUGGGCUACGAGGACAAAGGCGCCUUAAGGAACCCUUACCCUGGGCCUUCGCAUCGUGGCUCCCCUCUGUCCAGGGAGGCAAGCCAAAGGCAGCAUGAUGGUUCCAGUAAGAAUCCGCCUCAGGAGCGUAAAGCCACACCAACCCCCAGGGAAAUGAGUGCCACCAAAUCACCACUCCCAGGUGUUCCAGAUCAACAGACCUAUGAGCGUCUGCUGCAGGGUCUUGGGGCUGCAGACGUGUACCGUCAGAUCCCCUUAGCCUUUGAUCCUGCGGCGUUGCCCCGUGGCAUCCCCAUUGAACCAGCGGCCUACUACUUGCCUCGCCACCUAGCGCCCAACCCAGCAUACCCUCAUCCCUACCCCUACCUCAUCCGCGGCUUUCCCGACACUGCAGCCCUGGAUAACCGCCAGACGCUGCUAAAUGACUACAUCACGUCCCAGCAGAUGCACCAGUGGCCUGCAGCUGCUGCAAUGGCUGCCCAGCGCUCAGACCUGCUGAGGGGCCUUACUCCACGAGACCAGCCCCUUCCUAUGCCCUACUCUGCAGCCCCACGUGGGAUCAUCGAUCUUUCUCAGGUGCCACACUUACCUGUCCUGGUCCCUCCCUCUGCAGGGGCAGCCGGCUCCACAAUGGAUCGCAUCACCUACAUCCCGGGGGGAAGCACCACCUUCCCUGGCAGGCCUUACACCACCUCCCCCAUCUCACCUGUUGGGUCCUCGCACAUAAACAAAAUGCAAGGCGCAUCCUCAGAGCGCGAGCGUGAAAGAGACCGUGAACGUGACAGAGAGAGGGAGAGGGACCGGGAGAGAGACAGGGAGCGGGAGAGAGAGAGGGAGCGUGAACGUGACCGAGAGAGAGACCGGGAAAGAGAACGGGAGAGAGACCGUGAAAGGGAAAGGGACCGGGACAGAGAGCGAGACAGAGACAGAGAGCGUGACAGAGAGAAGGGCGGGUCUCUUGGAAACGUAGAGCAUGCCCCCAUCUGGCGACCAGGUACAGAGCACAGCUUGGCAAGCAGUAGUAACAGUAGUGUGAGACCUUCCUCCCAGCCGUAUAGCCACCAGCACUCCCCAGUGUCCCCUCGCACCCAGGAGAACGUGCAGCAGAGGCCAAGCGUCCUGCACAACACUGGGGGCAAGAGCCUUUCUGUCAGCGAACACUCCAGCUCAUCCGUGUUUCGGUCCAUGACCUCAGGGCAGGCCCGCUACCAAGGUUACCCUGGCCACCUCCAAAGGACAGGUGUGCCCCCUGAGGCCUACCCACCUGCCAUGGACUCAAGGGUAGCCAAAGAGCAGAGUGGCGACGGAGGCAAAAACAGGGGCGGUCUACCCAAGCACGUGCAGGACCACGGGCCUUCCAGUAAAUCUGACCCCAAGCUGUCCUGCCCCAGCCCAGGAGGAAUGUACCCUGGUUCCUACCCCUCGGUUUCAGGUCGGCCCCAGCACCUGCUGCCUCCCCAGUCGGAUAUCCCUCCUGGCCGUGGAGAAAGCGGUACACCUAGUAGGGAAAAGACUCAAAACAAACCGAUGUCCAUUCAGGAACAAGAGCUCCGAGCACUCGGUAAGACCACCAUGACUGCGGCCAACUUCAUAAACGCGAUUAUUAUGCGUCAAAUUUCUUGUGAAACGGGGAUGGCAGAGACGGGCUCGCUUGUUGCCAGCAGCGCCACUGAUGCUCAACAGAAGAUGGAGCCACACAGUCUGUACCGUCCUCCGUCUGAGGAGAGACUGUCUCCAGGCCAACAGCCCCCAUCCCCCUGUGUUAAAGGCAGCCAGAGGGUGGUCACCCUGGCACAGCACAUCAGUGAGGUGAUAACUAAAGACUAUACCAGACAGAGCCAGCAGCAACAGCAAAGCUACCACGGCUCUCCUGUCCUGGACUUGACCCGUCCACCCAGUGCCUCCCAGCCCCCGCCCACCUCACAGGAGUCUGCGCAAGGGUCCCGAUAUCAAGAGGGCCUCGGUGGGGAACGCAACAGAGACCGGUCUCCUCCUCAGGCAAAGACAUCACCUGUCAGUGUGUCAAAUGACGGCAUUGAACCAGUGUCUCCUGCUGGGGCCGGCUCUGAACCCGAGGUCCAGGGAGGGGCCUCCUACUCCAGCGAGCAGGGAGAGCAAGGAAUGGGCUCAUGCUCCCCUCCCAAUGCCUCUCAGCCUCCAGCUUUCUUCACCAAGUUGACUGAGAGCACCUCCGCUAUCGUGAGGUCAAAGAAACAAGAGAUGAUCAAGAAGUUGACAGUGGUGGGAAAUGAGGGUGAUUUCAAUGCUGGUCAGCCAGGAACAGAGAUUUUCAAUAUGCCGGCGUCUACAACUGCAGGACCUGUGAGUGUCCGCUGCCACCCAGCUCCAGAGACACCUGGUAACUCAAUAGGCCUGGAGGCCAUCAUAAGGAAGGCCUUAAUGGGCAAAUACGAUGAGUCUGAGGAACGCUCUCCAUCCAACGCUGCGAACCCGAUAGCUGCUGCUGUGUCUGCUGGUAUGCCUGCAGCUGACGGACGUGUUGAAGACUUUUUCUCACAAGGUGGGGGGAAGUCCUCAAAGGGCAGCGGGCGCUCUAAUGGGCGGAAGGCCAAAUCUCCAGGACCAGGUCUGUCAGGGGGCGAGAGACCGUCCUCUGUAUCCUCAGUCCACUCUGAGGGAGACUGCAACAGAAGGACUCCUCUUACCAACCGUGUCUGGGAGGAUCGGCCUUCAUCCACAGGUUCAACUCCAACUCCCUUCCCCUGUAACCCGCUGAUCAUGCGUUUCCCCAGUGGGACGGUGUCUGCUCCCUCCCCCUCUUCUGGCCAGCUGGGAGGCCAGGGGCCAGGACCUGGGCAGGGCCGGUCCUGGGAGGAGGAGCCCAAGCCUCUACUCAUGUCUCAGUACGAGACACUGUCUGACAGCGAGUGACCCAGAAAUCUGUCAUACCACAAGACCCGCUAACAGUCAACCAACUCUGUGCUGCUGCAGCAGCCACACACACACACACACACACACACACACACACACACCUGCUGAGGCAUCUGCAAACCUACCCACACCAUUCCACUCUGCAUUUCCUCCGUCAGUUUUCAAGCAAGGAUUGUGUCCUCCUCCUUUCACACACCUGAGACGCCAAGCAACAACGAGCUGAGACACUGCUGCUCCGUGUGUGCGUGUGUGUAUGUUUGCACUUACGUGUUAUGCAUUCACUCCAGGACUACUCUAAAGGACAAAUCACUUUUUUUCUGUUUGUUCUUCUUUUCUUUUUCUUUUUUUUAUUUUUUUUUUAACUUUACUACUUUUCCUCACUGGCCUUAUCAAUAUAGACACAUUGACCUGCACCUUUGGGUGUACCGCUCUAAUGUGCUGACACUUAUGUAGAAGGGACUCUGAGGUCGUGUUGCUGGUCCGGUCAGGAGCCUGAUGACGGCUGCUUGAGUGACAGAUUUUGACCACAGAUCUGACCUGAGAGCAGCAGCCCUGCACAGCGAGGACCCUCUCAUGUUUCUACACGGUGAACUCCAGGUGCAGACAGCCUGAGCACUGCUACCACUACAAGAACACGUGCAAAGCAACGGGAGGAGAAUCAACAUCCUGUUUUUUUUUUUUUGUUUUUUUUUUCUUGUUUCGGUUCUUUAUUUUGCUCCUUUAAAUUCAGUCAGUCCAGUCCUGUGUUUGGAACGUGAGCUGAGACCUUUAGUACAUUUUGAUGGUGAACUUUUGAUGGUGUCAUUUGUUGUCUAUUAUCUGCAAUGAUGUAUCUUUUUUGGGGCAGGGGCAGGGGCAGGGGCCAGAGAUUGUUAUGCGGGAGGGUCAUAUCAUUGGUUUACAGGGUAAACAUGCUGUUCAUUGCUGAUGUCGUCAUAUAUUGGGUUGGGGGGUUGGGGCGGGGGUUCCUGAGGAAAGGCAAAGGCCUGUUGACUUCAGGCAUCCACGUGGGGAGAGAGAUGAUUUGCCAGAUGGAUGGCACUGAAACAAGUGACACUUUCUCACUGUUUUUAUAUUAACCAUGUCUGUGUUUGUUGAAACAGUUUUUGGAUAUUAAGCACUUAGUUGUCAGUCUGUUCACAAUGGCAUUUUUAAGAAUCUGUGUUUCCUGGGGCAGGUUGAAAAAUGGACUCAAGAACAGCAUAGAAAUCCCACUGUGGAGGUAUCCUUUAACACCUAUCUGUUUAUUUUGGUCUUGCCACCGAUAUUCUUUAUGGCUCCCACACUCAAAGCGACAAUCACAUUUUAGUGAACGACGACUAAGCCGCUUCGAGCAGGUGCAGACCAACCUUAAAGCUGCUUAAAGGCAAACUCCUCAGCAUUACAUGGAGUUUGCUCGCAUUGAAGAGGUGACACAAAAAAAGCCAUCUUUCUAUGACCCUUGGUCCAUGGUGGUGUCAGCUUCAGCUGGCCCGCUAGAAUCCCGUCUAGGAGCUGUUGUGACGGCCUGACCUCUGACCUUUUACUGCCUAGAAGAGGAGCUGAGACCCAACUUCUCAUCCAGGCAGAUUUUGUACAGUUAUGAGAUAUUCCUAGUGUUAAGUGCCAUUUAUUUUACAUAUACAGUACUGAAGUUACCAAGUGACGCACAACUUUUCUUUUAGCCCCCCAUGACAGGGUUUAUACUGUCCACGCAGGGAAAUCUGAAAACUAAACAGAAACGUCCUCUUUUUUUUAAAGAAAAAAAUAUUGUGUGCAUUUUUUCUUCUUUUUUUUCAAAUCCAUCACAGCCUUAGCUUUUAACUUUUUCACUCAUUAGAUUUAUCUUCAAACCAAGCUGUGUCACAGGGCAGCUUAGCUGGGCCUGCAUCAAACAUUCUCUCCACUUUGACAUACUUCAAGUGUACUUCAUUACACCCCCGUGUUUGUACUGGUCGGAGGAAGUCGAGGGGAAGGCAUCGGAAAGCAUUCUGGUAGUUUUAUGUAACAUUAGUUGACAUGUUCUCACAGUUUACUGCAGUAUUUUAAAGGUCACCCUCUCUGUAAAUGAUGUGAAAUGUGUCCGGCUUUUGGCUCUGUGCAACCAGGGACGAAUUCUGUCCUCUGACUGAACACUCUGAAGCGAUGGCAGUGAGAUUGUUUAAUGGUUUAGAAAGAAUUACCUCUCUAUCUUCAUUUAGUCACAGUGGAUUCUCACAAACAUGACUGUUAUAGGACUACCUCCUCUCCCUCCUUCAUCCUACCUGUCAGUGCUGAAGCAUCCAGCAUGCCACAUCUACAGAAAGCUCAGCCAUGUUUAAGGUCUGAUGGGGUUUUUUUUGGUUGUUUUUUUUUUUUUUUAAAUCAUGGCUGAUGGAGGGUUUGUAAUUUCAUCAGGAAACGGCAGAAAUACAGCCAGGCUUUGUACAUUGGUCUCUCUGCGUGUAUAUCAUUUAUCCACUGAUGAUAUUUAAGAAUGUGACGGUAAACAGACUAAGCCAUAUCCAGCUGUUCCCUAAACCGAUGAUGGACUAAUGUGUUGUUUUUAAAAGUAUACUGAAAUGAAUUUUAACAUGCAUCCAUUUUUGUUAAGAGUUUGUUUUGAUUUCAGUCGUGUCACAGAUCUGAAAAUAAUCAUUCAAAAAACAUGAAAAGACAAAGUUGAUUUCUGAUGUGUUCCCUGGACUGUCAAAGGGGGGAGGGGUGGGGGGGGAUUGACAUAAACAGUACAUUGUUCAACCAUUUUGUGCAUAAUGAUUUUUUUUUUAUUAUAACCCACUGUAUAAUAGCAAGGAUUGUAUAUAAAACUGAAGAGAUGUAAAUAUUUAUGUGGCUUGCUUCAAGGUUGGUAUUACAAAAAAAAUAAAUAAAAGAAAAGAAAUAUUCACAUGGUUAAAAUUCUACAUGCCCACCAGCAAGCUUUGUGGAUAGCAGUGUAAAAAUGAAAAACAAAAAAGACACUGCCUUAAUGUUUAAAUAAAAAGCUUAUUGCCAUUCAUG